AUGGUAUGCGGUGGUUGCUGCACGGCACCAGAAGACGGCGCGGAGGUGCCUCAGUAUGACCCGGACUUUGAAGGUCCCAGGCGUGAUCGAUCAUGUACCGAUGUUUUCUGGCUCAUUCUUUUCAUAAUCUUCCUCGGCGUGUGGGCUUUUGUAGGCAUAUAUGCUAUAAUAAAUGGGGAUGUAGAGAGGCUCUUGGCCCCUGUGGACUCGAGAGGCAGACGAUGUGGUCUCGACGCUGGUCUUGAAGACAAGAGACAUCUUGUGUUUUUUAAUAUUGAAAAAUGUCUGUCACCCAGUAUCCCCAUUAAGGGAUGUCCAACACCACAGGUAUGCGUCAAAGAGUGUCCAAGAAAAACAAUAGAUUUUAGACAAAUGACAGAGAGCAAUUUUAACGAAUACAAACAAAGUAUGGUGUGCACAGAGGACAUAAAUAUACCUAGUAUGAGCCUAUCUCAAGCAAAAGCCAAUAUUGAUGCCAAUAAGUGUGCUAGUGUCGUGUUACAAAGUAAAUCAGUUGUGAGAAGGUGUUUAAUUAAUGUAUCUGCGGCGGGGGCGGCGGAGUUCUUACGAAAUGUAACAAACAGGCUGGGCAUGGAGGAGGACGAGGCACUGGAACAGGUCUCCGAACUGACCGGACUUAAUCAGCUGUCGAGUCAAAUCGUUCACGACUUGGUGGAAUCUCGCUGGUUUUUUGUAGUCGCACUUAUACUCAUCGUCAUACUCUGCCUCAUGUAUAUUCUGCUGCUACGUUGGGUCGUCUGUCCUGUGGUGUGGGUUUCUUUAGUCGGAUUAUUAGCAGUUCUUGCAUUUUGUAUAUAUUUGUGCUAUAACAACUAUGUGUACUAUAAGAACCAUAUAUCUAUGCAUCAGACGACGAACCUAAAUGGCUACACCCAGUCCAUAUUCAGCGACAGUACAACUUGGUUGGUGUUACUUGUGAUCGUGGCAAUCAUUUUGUUAAUACUCCUAUUAAUAAUUAUAUUUUUAAGAACUAGAAUCAAUAUCGCCAUUGAACUCAUACGCGAAGGAAGCAAGGCGGUAACAGCGAUAAAGUCAACAGUACUCUUACCUAUAGUACCAUGGUUCAUUCAAUGUUUUGUUGUGGCGUACGGAGCUUUAGUGCUAAUCCACUUGUGGUCCAUUGGAGAGAACCUCUUUAGGAUCGUUUUAAAUAACGAACAGAGCUGCAGAUGUCCUAGUAACUUCCAGUUCCAGGAUGGCAUGCGCUGUAAUCCCGCUGAGUUCCUGGGACAACUGUUGUUGUGUUCUGAUAGCGUUACCGGCGGGCAAUGUGAAGAAAUCACCUGUCACUUCACCGGUCUUGAUAGCCCAACGAGUGUCGUGUGGUUGCACUUGAUUAACUUGCUUGUUUUCUUCUGGACAAUGUUCUUCAUCAGUGGUAUAUCAGACAUGAUACUCGCGAGCACAUUCUCUACGUGGUACUGGACAAAGAGAGAUUUGCCUUUCUUUACGCUUACUGCUGGCAUAUAUAGGACACUAAGGUAUCAUCCAGGAACAGUUGCAUUAGGAUCGUUAAUUAUCGCCAUCGUGCGCCUCAUUCGAGUCAUCCUCGACUACAUCGAUAGAAAACUUAAGAAAUUUAGCAAUCCAGUCACAUCCUGCAUUAUGUGCGUCUGCAAAUGUUGUUGCUGGUGCUUAGAGGGUUGUUUGCGAUUCAUUAAUAAGAACGCAUAUAUAAUGUGCGCAAUACAUGGACACAGCUUCUGCAAAAGUGCUAGAGACGCGUUCUCUUUACUUAUGAGAAAUAUUGCGAGGACGGUCGUCUUAGACAAGGUCACAGAUUUUAUAUUUUUCCUGUCGAAGCUACUACUAUCCAUUGGUGUAGGAAUUUCAGUGUAUUACCUGUUCGAGUCAAACUUUCUCCAGCAGCAUACAAAUAUUCAGACGCUUUACUAUAAUUACGUUCCUGCGAUACUAUUGGGUAUGGCAACCUACGUCAUAUGUACAAUAUUCUUUAAAGUCUAUGAAAUGGCUGUUGACACUUUGUUCUUAUGUUUUCUCGAAGAUAGUGAAAGGAACGAUGGGUCACCAGAGAGACCAUACUUUAUGUCGAAAAAUCUAAUGAGAAUACUGGGGAAGAAAAAUAAGAACGUAGAUUAA